UAUAUUUUUGAACCACGUCCGCCGAUUAUUUUGGGAAUUAAUUCGAGUCAUUUCAUCAAGAAAACGAAAGUAAUCUCCGCCGACAAAAAGCUCCGCCGUGGUAAAAUCUAUCACCACCACUUCAUCUUUAAGCUCAUACCCAGACAUGCAAGAACACCAACAGCACUAAUCUUUUCGGAAGAGAUGAAAAUUCACAAUUUUACGAUUUUGGCAAUGCUUUAUGCUUCGAUUCUAAAUUCUUGGUUUAUCUCCAUUACGUAUUGUUUACGUCUUCCUCGUAGAAUCCUUUUAAAAAAAUGAGAGACGUAAGAGAAGAAAACGACAAUGCGGUGGGUGAUGGCGGCUACAGACGAGAUCCAAUCGGUGGUCGUUUGUCGUCUGCACAUCAUGUGUUCGAUUAUAUGCCUCAACCAGCCCUAUCAACUAAUCAAUUCAAUCAAAUCCCAAUGUUUGAUUUGAAUUCUGAUACAAUGUAUCAUUUGUUGUCUCCAUCGAUGGCUUCUCAAUUACUGACAUAUGUGAUGAUGUCAUGAUCUGCAGCCUAAAUAACGAUGUUUCUUAAGUUGAUUUUUCACCCAUUUUAUAUUGUAAUAAUCGGAGUCUGAGUUCCCUACUUCAACAAAAAGAAUCGUUUCCAUUUUCAUUUUCGAUCAUUCUCAUUUCUCCCUCAACUAACAUGAUCAUAUCCUUUUGAGAAGAAUCAAUUUCUAGACAUUUUUUGACAGCUGAAUUGGGGUUUUAAUUUGUAUGAAAUGGGUGGCAAUGAAUUUAAGAAGCCACUUUUGAAUAAGGUAUUCUAUAAAAAUUGUCCUGGUUGUAAUGUGGAUCAGUAUAAAGAGCUGCAAACAGGGUAUCCGAUAAAGGAAGUGUUAUGUAUAUGGUUCCUUGUGCUCUCUACUGGUAAGCAACUGUCAUGUCUAACUGUUUAUUUAACUAAUUUUUAGUUUAUAAACUAAUUUAUCAAUAAAGCUAUCCCAAGCUAAUUUAUCAAAAAAAAAAAAACUUGCUUACAUGCUAUGAUAAGUAUUUUUGUAGUCUUAACAAACGCUAAUUACAAUAAGUUAAUUUAUUUCUGCCAAACAAAACCUUAUACUAGGGAAGUGAUGUUUAGUCGUAAAUAAUUAUUCAAUGUUACUCGAAUGCUACAUGAAAUAGUAGUGAAAAUGUGUGUUUUAAUAAUAACGCAUGUCUGGUAUCAUGAAAUUAGUUGGAAGAUAAAAAAGAAUGAUAACUUUGAAUGUUAAGCACAAAAUUUGGAAAAAAAAAAUAUUAUAUUAUAUUUUAUUUUGAAUAUGGCCAAAAUCGUAAUAAAAGAAGAACCCUUUUUGUAAAGAGAUUAUUUUCUAAGAACAAAAGAAAAUGACAUAAAAGGGUGAUAAUUUUUGCACUUCACUCUAAAAAUAUUUUAAAUCAACAUUUUUCACAGUAAAUGAUAUGGAAUAUUACAUUUACAAUUUUUGUGAAAUCAUUAGUCAAUCCAUCGUUACUAAAUUUGAAUUUGAAUUUUAAAAUGACAUAUUUGUUAAAGCUUGUCAAAUUAAAUAUGUUACAAGAAUAUUAUCUUUAACAUAACAUUAAAGUUAGAAUACUACGUAAUAAAAUAUCUAAAUAUAGAAUCUUUUAAUAAAAAAUAGGGAAAAAUCACAUGUUUUGGGCCACUCUUUAACAAUAGGUUUUGUGUGUGUAUUUUAGACUUUUGGUGAAAGAAACGUGACAUGGGUUUGAAACGUGUUGUUGUUUUCAUUUUCUUCCUUGACUAAUGACUAAACCAAUUUCUUAUUAGGAAGAAUUGUUUCAAUUCAAUGUACGUGUAUUAUUCUGCUUAUGUUUAAUAUUGAUACCAAAAAUAAGUUGCUACCUAAAAGUUUGGUUUUUCUUUUCGGUUUUUAUCGCAACUCCAAAAAGGUUGAAUUCGGAAACCUAAUCGCCCUACAUUGAACAAUUGUAUGUACACUAUAAGCGUGUUCGGCACAUAGUUUUUGAAAGCUUUUAGACUUUUUUUUUGCAAAUUGACUUUUUUAUUAUUUUUUUUUAUCAAUGACGUGUUUUAGAUAAGUCAUUUUAUGUGAUUUUACAAGGUUUAAAAGUUUUCAGUUAUUUUUGCCGAACACUCAUAUAUAAAUAAAAGCUAUAGUUUUCAGCUUCCAACUAGUUUUGCCGAACAUGUUCUAGAUGAAAAAUAAGUCAAUUGUUGAACAACUGUUAGAAUCAAAGAUUGACCGGUUAGUAAAAAAUCUCUAAUGAAAAAAGAAAACCAGAACUAAAAAAACCCUAUCAACUAUCAUUAACAAGUCUCGAACCCAAGACUUUAUGACCUCUUUUUUUUUUUUUUUUUCUCUGUUUGUUUUUGUUUUUUUCUACUUUUAGCAAAAGUAUAAUUACUAAAUGUCAAAAAAAUAUUUACAAAAAGUAAUAACGGGACACAUUAGUUUUCAUUUAGGUAAUAAAAUAUCUAUACUUUUUUUUGUAUAUUUAAGUUAAGUUUGACGUACUAGUUGAAAAGUUAACUGAUAAUUAAAAAGGUAACUGAUAGUUAAAAAAUUAGUUGUUAUAUGAAAAGUCAGUUGAUAGCUAGAAAACUAACUAAUAAAAAAUAACGUUUGGUAAAAACUAGCUAAAAGAUACAAAAUACAAACAUUUAAAAAAAAAUGUUUUUCAUAAUUAAUUACGAGUAUAUGAUUUAAAAAAAAUCAUAAAAAGCUAGUGUAAUUGACUUUAUAAAAAUAUUGUUUAUAAACUAUUUUUUAGUUUAUCAAACAGUUAAAAAAACUCGAAAAAAAAAAGAGUACUCCAAAUAUUUAAGUAUUUAAGAAACACCACUAUUUAACAAGCCACUACCGCGAGGGUUAGUGGCGUCAUUCGAGAUUUUGGUUCUUUUAAUUAAGUUUAAUAUAACCAAAUUAUAUUAAAAAAAAUGGAAUAAAAGAUUAAAAUAAAAACAAAUAUGAAUUGUAACUUUCAUGCGACCAAAACUUUGGAACAAUUUUGUGUUUAAAGCGAGAAUGUGUGGAUGUUUUUGAUACACCUAAAAAUGAAUUGACAGAAAAUGUCGAUGUGAAGAAAAGUAACCACUAACCACCACCAAACCUCCGCCGUCGUGGCCAUGAUAAAAUCCAUCGCCACCGCCUUACCAGACAAAUAGACAUGGAAAUUUUUUGUCUUUGCAUGAAAUGAAACUCCAAAUUAUACAAUUUCACAUGUACACGACUCUGGAAAUCUUCGGUUUUUUUUCAAAAUUAUUGGUUUAUCCAUAGCCGGUUGCUUACGUCUUCCACGUAGAAUCAUUUUAAAAUGGGAAACGUAAUAGAGAAGAAAACGAUAGUACGGUUCGAUGCUCGUUUGUCAUCUUGCCAUUAAAACCGAUCUCCUAAUUUCUGUUGGAACUUUAAUUAUUGCACUGCAUCGCAUCUGUUCGAUAAAAUGUCUGAACCACCGCCAUUAUGGCAAUGUCCAGAACUAACCCAAUCAAUCAACAUCAAACCGGGUAUCCAAAAAACGCGAGUAGUUUAUGAAAAUCGGAGUCUGAGAUCCCUACUUCAAUAAAACAGAAUCGUUUCCCUUUUCUUUCGUUCUCCCGCAAAUUAAAAUUAGCAUGAUCAUAUGGGCUUCACCUUUAUGGAAUUUCUGAUCUUGUUUAUUUGUAAACCACCCUAUCUCCAAAUUAAAUCAACAAGAAACCUCUUAAUUAGUUGGAUAGUUGAAUUGGGAUUUUAGUUUGCUUUUAUGAAAUGGGUGGGAAGGAGUUUAAGAAGCCACUAUUGAAUAAGGUAUAUUAUGAAAAAUGCCCUGGGUGUAAUGUGGAUCAGUAUAAAGAGCUGCAUACCGGGUUACCAAUAAAGGAAGUGGUAUAUAUAUGGAUUGUGGUGCUCUGUGUUGCACUGCCAAUAUCAUCUCUCUUUCCAUUUCUUUAUUUCAUGAUAAAGGAUUUUAACAUUGCGGAGAAAGAGGAGGACAUUAGUUACUAUGCAGGUUUUGUUGGGUCUGCAUAUAUGAUUGGAAGGGCAAUGACAUCUGUCUUUUGGGGAGUGGUGGCUGAUAGAUAUGGACGCAAACCAGUUAUUCUUUUGGGCACAUCAACAGUGGUUAUUUUCAACACACUUUUUGGUUUUAGUGUAAAUUAUUGGAUGGCUAUUGCUACAAGGUUUCUUCUUGGAUUUUUAAAUGGGCUACUUGGACCAAUAAAGGCAUAUGCAUGUGAACUUUUCCCUGAGGAACAUCAAGCCUUGGGAUUGUCAGCUAUUAGUACAUCAUGGGGAAUAGGACUCAUCAUUGGCCCAGCUUUGGGAGGUUACCUUGCACAGCCUGCAGAGAAAUUUCCUGCUCUAGUAUCUUCAGAUUCACUAUUUGGGAGAUUUCCAUACUUAUUGCCUUGCCUUUGUAUCUCCAUUUUUGCACUUUUUGUGACCAUUGCUGCAUUUUGGCUUCCGGAAACAUUACAUUUUCAUAAAAAAGACGAGUUGGAGUCUGCUUCAUAUGAUACUGAGGGAAAGACAAAUGAAGGAAAAGAUUCAAAUUUAGGAAGCCUCCUGAAGAACUGGCCACUAAUGUCUUCUAUUAUUGUCUAUUGUGUUUUUUCACUUCAUGACAUGGCUUACUCAGAGAUUUUCUCAUUGUGGGCUGUGAGCCCUAAGAGUUUGGGGGGGUUGAAUUAUACUACUGAGGAUGUUGGGACAGUUUUAUCUGUUACAGGAGUUGGACUUCUUGUCUUCCAAUUCACAUUGUAUCCAAUUAUGGAGAGGAUAUUUGGCCCCAUAGUAGUAGCUCGCAUUGCAGGAGUUGUGUCUAUACCACUACUCACAAGUUAUCCAUUCAUAGCCAUGUUGACUGGAUUUGCUCUCUCGUUGACUUUAAAUUGUGCAUCGAUUAUAAAGAAUGUUUUAUCUGUAUCCAUCAUAACAGGGACAUUCAUGCUGCAAAAUAAAGCUGUGGAUCAACGCCAAAGAGGUGCAGCGAAUGGUAUAGCCAUGACUAUGCAGUCAAUUUGCAAAGCCAUUGGUCCAGCUUGUGGAGGAGCACUAUUGUCGUGGUCCCAACAAAGAAAAAAUGCAGCAUUUCUUCCUGGUGACCAAAUGAUAUUUUUCAUCUUGAAUAUAAUCGAAGCAAUUGGAGUUAUAUUGACGUUUAAACCGUUUUUGAUCACACACCAUUACUAGUUGGUAGCAUUCACAUCUAGCUUCAACUCACAUUGGGUAACCAUUUAUACAUAGACUUUCAAUAAUGUCAAUAUCUAUUGACUAUUGUUGUAACUGUAAAAAUGAGGCCUCUAGCUUGUAUUGUAUUGUAUUGGGUUUUGGAUGUAAUUUAUAUAAGGGUUAGAAUAUGUUUCAUGUAUUAUUAUUAAUAAUUUGAUUAUUCUAGAUAAGGAAGAGAAGGGUUUUUUUUUUUACAA